AUUGAAACCAAAGUGCAACCCUAUGUGGCCAAUAUAAUUAUGACUAGUUCGGUGAUUACCAGUGUUUUGCCUGCUUUCCUCAGUUUAUUUAUUGGACCUUGGUCGGAUAAGUUUGGACGCAGACCGGUGCUUGUAGCAACCUUCUCAGCGGCCUUGAUCGGACACUCUAUAACAACAAUUCUCGCUGCAAUAUCUCUGGCAACGCCUUUAAAUCCAUGGGUCUACAUAUUAUCGAAUGUACCAUUGGCUUUGACAGGUGGCACCUGCGCGUUAAUAACAAUGGUGUUUUGUCUCGUCUCAGACGUGUCGGACGAGGGCGGUAAGGCAAGACGCAUGUUCUUUGUGGAUGGCGCUUUGGGUAUUGGUACUUUGAUUGGCAACGUAAUCAGCAGUUAUAUACUCUCUGGAACCGGUACCGUAGGCGUAUUCACAAUUGCUGCAGGUAUGGAUUUGCUGGCGCUGCUAUAUUUGCUGUUCUUCGUCGACGAAAGUUUGAAAAUACAACACGAACGAAAAGAGGUAAAUUUGCUAAU